CAUGGCAACCCGGGAAGCGGAACGACUUAUCGCGAGACCGAGCUGGUGGCGCGAACUGCAGGUCCCGCCCCCGUGACAUCGCGCGCCUGAGAGUGCGGCUGCUGUGUGCGUGCUAUCAGUGUGCUCAGUGUGCAUCAUCUCCCGCCAGGCAUGGUGACUGAGAGCAAGGGGCAGCCCGGCCAGAGCAGGAACCUGCCAUGGUAUGAGACCGAGUGUGACCGCCUGGGGCUGACAUUACUGUGCUUCUAGUGCGGUCUGUGCUCUGUGACAAGCAUCGUAUAUAGGGAGGGGAGAGGGUUACUACUCUGUAUUGUGUCCCUCCUUGUAAUACGGGGGGACCAUACUGCCCCUUUAAUUAUUGCUCCAUAUUGUGGCCCUAUAAGGGGGGAUCAUGCUGCCCCUUUAAUUAUUGCUCCAUAUUGUGGCCCUAUGAGGGGGGAUCAUGCUGCCCCUUUAAUUAUUGCUCCAUAUUGUGGCCCUAUGAGGGGGGACCAUACUGCCCCUUUAAUUAUUGCUCCAUAUUGUGGCCCUAUGAGGGGGGACCAUACUGCCCCUUUAAUUAUUGCUCCAUAUUGUGGCCCUAUGAGGGGGGACCAUACUGCCCCUUUAAUUAUUGCUCCAUAUUGUGGCCCUAUGAGGGGGGAUCAUGCUGCCCCUUUAAUUAUUGCUCCAUAUUGUGGCCCUAUGAGGGGGGACCAUACUGCCCCUUUAAUUACUGCUCCAUAUUGUGGCCCUAUGAGGGGGAACCAUACUGCCCCUUUAAUUAUUGCUCCAUAUUGUGGCCCUAUGAGGGGGGAUCAUGCUGCCCCUUUAAUUAUUGCUCCAUAUUGUGGCCCUAUGACGGGGGACCAUACUGCCCCUUUAAUUAUUGCGCCAUAUUGUGGCCCUAUGAGGUAUGAGGGGGGACCAUGCUGCCCCUUUAAAUGGUUACUCCAACAUUUCAGUUUAAGUUGUUGUUAGAAUAAUGGUUCCCCUUUACCCCUAGAAAAAGGAAAACAAAGUAAUAUAUAAGAUUUUAUUGACCGUUUCGUUCAGGUGUAUUUUAGCAUAUUUUAUUUUUUGCUGGAAGAUAGAUGUCUGCUACACGGAUAAAAGACUAAAAAUAGUCUGCUACGUGGGAAAAACAAUACAAUAAAUAAAUUAACCCCUUAAGGACGGAGCCAAAUGUACACGUUGUGAACAAAACAAAAUGUAAACAAAACCUGGCAUUUGCGCUACAUGUCUGUCCAACCAUAAUUCACCUCUUUUAUAGUAAAUGCACCCACCCUUAUUAUAUAUCAUUUUAUUCAGGGGAAACAGGGCUUUCAUUUAAUAUCAAAUAUUUAGCUAUGAAACAUAAUUCUAAUAUGAAAAAAAUGGGAGAAAAUACUUUUUUUUUCUUUUUAGUUCUACAUGACAUUUUAACCGUCAAUGUCAUAAUACUGUUUGCUUUUACUGCAAUAAAAUACACAUAUUUGUAUUCAGUAAAGUCUCACGUGUAAGACAGUACCCCCUAUGUACAGGUUUUAUGGCGUUUUGGGAAGUUACAGGGUCAAAUAUAGCAUGUUACAUUUGAAAUUGAAUUAGCCAGAUUGGUUACUUUGAGAUUGUAUAGUAAAGUCUGUGAAUGACUAUCUAUACGUGGCGAGAAUUAUUUCAUUGCAGACAAUCCAAGGUAUUGCAAUGGAUAUAUGUUCCGCCUUUUUAGUAGUUAUUUGGUCACAAACACUGGCCAAAAGCUAGUAUUUGCUCUGUGUGUGAAAAUGCAAAAAACGCCCAAUUUUGCUGUAGUGUCGUGACCAAGUGGCUACCAAAAAAAAAGACUGGACAUACCCCGUUUGCAAUACUGUUGUCUACUAUUGCAAAAUGGUAUGCCAUCAUAGGUAAUUUCAUUCUUGGGCUACCAUAGGUCUCAAAGGCAAAGUAACCAAUCUGGGAGAAUUUUAAUGUGAAAAUGAAACGCAAGUCUUAUAUUUGACGCCAGGUCUUUAGAAAAUCAAUUAUAAAAACCUGUAUAUUUAAGGCAAUUGUUGUAAUUGGAGAUUUAGCGAAUAAAUAUUUAGCUUAAAACAGUAAAGUAUCGCAGCAAUAAUAUCGUUCGCAAGUGCCGCUGCGCGGAAAAUGCAAAACCGGCUACUUUUAUGGCUACUUACCACGUUGUAAUACUUUUACCGUUUUGAAACACUAAUAUUUGUGUUCAGCGAAGUUCCUGAGUAGAACAGUACCCCCCAUGUAUAGGUUUUAUGGUGUCUUGGAAAGUUAUAGGGUUAAAUAUAGUGCUAGCAAAUUAAAUUCCCUUUACUUUCGGCAUGGGUUGUCAGGCAGGUCCCGCUAAUUGUAAUUAAUUAAGAUACCUAAUUAUGUAAAAAUAUUACAUAAAUAUAUAUGUAGAAUUAAUAUAUGUAUGUGUGUAUGUAUAUAUAUAUAUAUAUAUAUAUAUAUAUAUAUGUAUAUAUCUAUAUAAUUUGUAUUUAUAUAUAGGUAUAAAUAUAUAUAUAUAUAUAGUGAUAUAUACGUAUAUAUUUAUGUAUAUAGAUAUAAUUUCGUUCUACGUGUAUUUUGAUAUAGAUAUAUAUAUUAAUUUCACAAUACAGUUAGAAUGAAAUAACACACAUCAAUAUAUUUUUUAAUUAUUUAUUUUUAAUUCUUUUUUUAAUUUUAUUUUUUAACGUAUUUACAUUUUUAUUUUUUUAUAUUAUAUAUAGAUAUAUAUAACAAUAAUUAUAUAUUGAAUCAGUAUCAGUCUGUAAUUUUAUAUUAAAAAAAAAAAAAAAAUAUAUAUAUAUAUAUAUAUAUAUAUAUAUAUAUAUAUAUAUAUAUAUAUAUAUAUAUAUAUAUAUAUAUAUUAAUAGUAAAAUACACCUAGACGGUGUACGUGUGUGUAUAACAAUAAUUAUAUAUAUAUAUAUAUAUUGUAUCAGUCUACGUGUAAUUUGAUAUUAAUAAAUAUAUAUAUUAAUAGUAAAAUACACCUAGACUGUGUACGUGUGUGUAUGUAUAUUUGUGUAUAUAUAUACUUAGAUCAUAUAUAUAUAUAUAUAGAUAUAUAUAUAUAUGUAUGUAUGAUCUAAGUAUAUAUUAUUAUUUUUUUUACACUAUUUAUUUAAUUUAAUUUUCAGCCAGCAGGGGGACCACCUGUCAUUACAGGCAGCCCCCCUGCUGGCAAUGCUGCAGCCAGCUACCCCCGGCCAUGUGAUUGUGGGGUCCUCGCAAGGACCCCACUCUCACAUGGCUGGGGGCUUCCAGGACAUCGGAGGUGCCGCGGGGGGCUCCCUGGGAGUCCCCCAAACCGCACGCUGGCAACCGGGUAAGUACAGCAAGACCGGAGGGCGUACUAUUACGCCCGUCGGCGUUUAGAGCCGCUUAGAAUAGGACGUAAUAGUACGCCCUCCGGUCUUAAGGGGUUAAAUAUGAUCAAUUAUUAACCCCUUCAGGACAGAGUCAAUAGUGCACGUUCUGAUCAAAACAAAACGUAAACAAAAACUGGAAUUUGCGCUAUAUGUCUGUUCAACCGUAAUUCACCGCUGUCACAUUAAGUGCACCCACACUUAUUAUAUAUCAUUUUGUUCAGGAGAAACAGGGCUUUAAUUUAUCAUUAAAGGCCCUGUUCAGCUUAAUGAAGUGGUCUGGGUGCCAGGUCCCUCUAGGGUUAACCCAUUUUUUUCAUAAACAUAGCAGUUUCAGAGAAACUGCUAUGUUUGUGAAUGGGUUAAGCCUUCCCCCUAAUCCUCUAGUGGCUGUCUCAUUGACAGCCACUAGAGGCGCUUGCGUGCUUCUCACUGUGAUUUUCACAGUGAGAGCACGCCAGCGUCCAUAGGAAAGCAUUAUGAAUGCUUUCCUAUGUGACCGGUUGAAUGCGCGCGCAGCUCUUGCCGCGCGUGCGCAUUCAGCCGACGGGGAGGAGAGAAGGAGGAUCGGAGGAGGAGAGCUCCCCGCCCAGUGCUGGAAAAAGGAGAGCUCCCCUUUUCCCCUUUCCAGAGCUGGGCGGGAGGGGGUCCCUGAGGGUGUGGGCACCCUCAGUGCACUAUAGUGGUCCUUUAACUAUUCAUAUAUGGAACAUAAUUUAUUAUGAAUAAAAAAAAAAAUGUGAGAAAAUAAGAUUUUGUUUUUUUCAUUUGUAUUUCCGUCUGACAUUUUAGCUGUGAAUGUCAUAAUAAUGUUAUGUUUUACUGCAAAAAAAAUGCACAUAUUUGUAAUCAGCGAUGUCUCACAAGUACAACAGUACCCCCCAUUAACAGGUUUUAUGGUGUUUUGGAAAGUUACAGGGUCAAAUAUAGAACGUUCCAUUUUCAAAUUUAAAUUUGCCAGAUUAGUAAUGUUACUUUUGAGACGGUGUGGUAGCCUAGGAAUGAGAAUUACACCCAUAAUGGCAUACCAUUUGAAAAAGUAGACAACCCAAGGUAUUGAACGUGGGGUAUGUUUAGUCUUUUUUAGUAGCCACUUAGUCACAAACACUGGCCAAAGUUAGCGUUCAUAUUUGUUUUUGUGUGAAAAAAAGCAAAAAAAAACAAUAUUUGGCCAGUGUUUGUGACUAAGUGGCUACUCAGAAAGACUGGACAUACCCCACUUGCAAUACCUUGGGUUGUCUACUUUUGCAAAUGGUAUGCCAUCAUGGGGGUAAUUCUCAUUCCUGGGCUACCAUAUGCUCUCAAAGGCAACAUAACCAAUCUGGCAAAUUUCAAUGUCAAAAAAAUGAAAUGCAAGCCUGAUAUGUGACUUCUAACUUUCCAAAACACCAUAAAACCUGUAGUUGAUGGGGGUACUCGUUAUUCUCGGAGACUACACUAAACACAAAAUUAGUGUUUUAAAACAGUAAAACAUAUUACAACAAUAAUAUAGUGCAUAAAAGUGCCGCUUGUUUGCAAAAAUAAAAAAAAGUCAUUUACUUAAAGUAUCAUUGAAACACUAAUUUCAGUUCAGCUUAAGUCUUCCAAGUAAAACAGUACCCCUAUGUACAGGUUUUAUGGUGUCUUUGAGAGUUACAGGGUCAAAUAUAGUGCUUAUGAAUUAAAUUCUGCACUUUCUCCCUGUGUUGUCAGGCAUGUCAAUCAAAUUUUAAUUAAUCAAAUUACAUAUUUUAUGUUAAAAGAUUACUUAAAUAUACAAUGUAGAAUUUUAAUAUAUAUGCAUUUAUAGGUAUUUAAAUUCUACGUAUACUAAUGUAAUCUUUUGCGUAAUAUAUAUAUAUAUAUAUAUAUAUAUAUAUAUAUAUAUAUAUAUAUAUAUAUAUAUAUAAUCAUUCUUAAAAACAGUUAGAAUGAAAUUACAAAUGAAUAUAUAAUUUAUAUAAAAUUUAGUUUCAAUAUUUUAUUUAUUGUAAUUAUGUGUGUGUAUAUAUGUAACGUCAUUCUAAGUGUAUUUUAAUACUAAUAUAUGUAAUUAUAUUAAUAUUAAAAUACACUUUGUAUGAAGUUAGAUAUAUAUAUGUGUAUAUAUAAUAUAUAUUUCUAUUUUAUUUUAAACAUGUUUAAUUCUUUUUACUUUCCCACCAGCAGGCAUUUCAGACAGCCCCCCUGCUGGCAGAUCCACAGCCAGCUAUAGGGGGCCAUGUGAUUGCUCUUUGAGAGCGAUUACAUGGCCCCCGGGGGCCUCAUUUGCCAGGGGAGGGCUGUCAGGCAGCCCUCCAGAAGACGAUCGCGGCGGAGGAAAGUCCACCGGACCUCCAGGGGCAGAAAGCCGUUACGGCGUUCUAUGCCGCCGCAACGGCUUUAAAGCCCUUUUAGUGUGGGACGGCAUAGAACGGCGUUAAGGGUUGAAAGACUAAAAACAAUACAUUUUAAAUAUGAACAAUUAUUAAAUUUUUCAUUAACCCCUUAAGGACCAAACCUCUGGAAUAAAAGGGAAUCAUGACAUGUCACACAUGUCAUGUGUCCUUAAGGGGUUAAACUAAGUAUGGUGGCAGGAAGACCGGUAGUUUUAAGAAUUAAAUUUUUACACCCAGGCAAAGUUAUGCAACCAGCCGACAUUACAACCAAGAUUUGAAGGCUAUCUCUGUUAGCAUACCAUCUCCCAAAUCCAGACACUGCCAUGAUGUGGUUAGCUAGAAAGGCUUCUACUUUCUGACACCAUGGACUGUGGCAAUUGUAAUCUGACUCGCCGGCUGAUGACAUACACACAAGGUUUUGAUUGCGUGAGAUGGAAGUGCCAAACAAGUGGAUUUGUUAGAAGCAUAAGAGCGGAGUCACCUGUCUCUGAAACAAAUCACAAUAAUGAUGUAUUGCUUUGCACAAAAUCUGACACAACUUGAAGCCAAGAUUGAAAAGAAGAAAACUGUUGUUGAUUGGUUCAAUUUGAGGGACGAGAUGUGUAAUUAUUUAGAUCGUCAUGCUACUGAGCUGGGAGGCUUUGAUGAUAACGGUGAACCCAUAGUGGUGGAAAUAGAAGAAUCCAAAUAAAGAAUCCAUUGGGUGUUUGGUGGAAUUAAAAGGAUGUCUGGUCGAUGUUGUUUGGUGGAAGUUACAGAUCGUAUAGCUGCAACCGUGGAUCAACUCAUCUUGGAUCAUUUCUUACUUGGAACCCAUAUAAUUUCUGACGGGUGGGCUGCAUACCGAAACAUUGAUCAACUCCACAAUGGAAUUUAUAUGCAUUCCGUAGUGGUCCAUGAACUUAACUUUAUCGAUCCACGGGGCGCACAAGUGCAUACACAGAACAUUGAGAACUUAUGGAUGUGUGCGAACUAAAGCAUCAAUUCAGAACAAGUCGUGCAUUGUUUUCUUCAUUUACGGAAAUUUGAGUUUCGCUCGUCUAUUGAGAAACAAUGUUUUCUGGGGUUUGGGAAACAAAAUGCUCAUCAUUGCUGGGAAUUAUCAGGUUUAAUGGGAGAGUUGUGUACCAUAGGAUGGACCCAGUUACUACUGUUAAGUCAGUUACUGUUGUUAAUAGUUCUCAUUACAAUAUUUUGACUGUUAAUAAUAAAAUACGCUAUUUGAUUUUAGUAAAAUUUAAAAAAGAAUACAAUACGCUAAAACACACUUUUACCAGAUUUAUACUUGCCUAAAGUCAGGAAAACAUCAUCGCAGCAGCAUGAAAGCAGAAGUCACAAGCGAGGGGGGAACUAGCCCAGUCUGAUACAGUAUCCAUGUAUCCCUAGGUAAAAGAUGAUUGCUAUAAUUUAAAUGGACCCGGAGGGUGGGGGGGACCUAAAUACCCUAUAGUGCCAGGAAAACGAGUUUGUUUUCCUGGCACUAUAGUGGUCCUUUUAAAGCAUUUCAGCUUGUUUAACUUUGUCAUUGCAGGUUCUUGUUUUAUAAAGUACCUAGUUCAUGCAAAAUCAAAACUUUUCUAAAGUCCCUUAGUAUCACUGCCCUGGCUGUCAAGGAGGCAUUUGUGAGGGUUUCUUGCCUCACUCGCUCUGAACUGUAGUUCUCUGAGAAACAUUGUUGGUGUUAGUACCAUUUGGCUAAGGGAAGGGGGUUUCAAGAUUUUGCAGUUUAGGUAGGUGUUAUGUGAUGAAAGUUUUGGCCAUUUAGCAAUGACUUGUAAAUCUAUUCCUGUUUAAGUGAUUAUGUAAUUAUUAGAAAGAAAUGUUAUGUUGUUGAUUUUGUAAUAUAUAUUACCCACAGGGUGGAAAAGUAUCGACCGCAGACACUAGAUGACCUGAUUUCCCAUCAAGAUAUCUUGAGUACAAGUAAGUUUGCCAAGGGCUUUUAUACCUUGAUUUUAUUAAAUGGACCUACAAUGGAAAAAGUUUGGUUUAGUUUUGUUGUGCCUUUUUUUUUUUUUGUAAGGAAAAUGAUGUAGUAUAAGACAUCUUUGUAUUCUGAGUUUAAUAAACAGUUCACAUGUCGAUACCUAUACUGGUCCCCUCCGAUCACAAGCGAAUGGCGCUUUAACUCUGAAUAUUUUUUUUUUCAUGCUAUUUUGGUCUUCCAAUGGCUGGCUCCACCUCCAUGGCUGAGCUAAUCAAUCUUGAUGAUCUCAGCCAAGCCAAGGCUUUCCUAUAAGUGUAUCUGUGGCAAAACAUUGCACUAUGCCAAUCAUCAUCUCCUCAGAUUACACAGUGCAGCACUGAAAUCGUAAGCACCUCUAGUGGCUGUCUGAUUGACUGCCACUAGAGGGGUUACUAGGCAGCAUUGUAAACACUGCUUUUUAUUUGCUCAGCCUGCAGGGUCAUGUUAUUGGCACUAUAAUCACUACAUUAAGCAAGAGUGGUUCUGGUGACUAUAGUCUCCCUUUAAGUGAAAAUUGCUGUGAAUUUAAAGUGAUUUCUGAAUUUUAUUCUUUUUCAAGAGUAUUCAGUUUUUAAUUUUAACUAUUUUGGCCUUAAAUUUGAAAUUCCCUUCUGAAUUCCUGUAAUUUCUGACUUUAGUGAAUGACCCUGUCAUUGUGUAAAUGCAAGGGCAUGUAUUGGUAUGUCUAGUUUGUGCAUGUGGGAUUGCAGAGGUGUGCGUGCACCUGUCUGCCUGCGACUGUGUGUGCGCCUGUCUGCUUGAGUGCACGUGACUGUCUGCCACUGUGCGCUUGUCUGCCUGCGACUGUGCGUGUGUGUGCCUGUCUGCGACUGUGUCACAGUAUUAUGUGACAUACUUAGUCCGACCCUCUGUAAUGCAUGGGAGACAGUCUGGCACAUCUUCUUCCACUUCUGUUGGCUGCAUACCAUAAGUAGCUGUGUUCCAAGCUCCGGUCAAUCAGUGUGUUUCUGCGGAUUACCAGAGGAGAAGUUGACCACUGUAAAUGCCUAAGCUAACGAGACCGUUACUCAUAGUCUGCACCUGGUGAAGAGGCAGACCAGAUUCCCAGCACACUAGUACACGAUAGAUCAACAUUCCCCCUUACUGCAACGUAAUAGGGAAAACGGAAUGAAUAUUUGUUUUACAAUAAUUAUUCAUUUAAUAAAUACCCUAUACAAAUAUAAAUAUAUAUAUAUAUAUAUAUAUAUAUAUAUUACACACACACACCAGUUAAUAACUAUAUAAACAUGCAACAAGGUUGUCAAACUAUUUUAGCUCAUCAAUGGGAGAUUCAAGUACAACGUAUCUUUUACAUAAUCAUGCAUUAUUGAAAUUUAUUAUUUCCCUGCAUUUUGUUUCAUUUUUUUAUUCUUUUUUGCAGUGUAGAUAAUUACAGAUAUGCCUGUGUUCAACCUGUUUUUUUUUUUUUGUUUUUUUUUUAUUCACAAUCUGCAUAAGUUAUUAAAAAUGUUAAUUAUGUCACUUUCUGAUGAGGUAAAAACUGACUAUGAGAACAUGUACUAUCUAUAUUACGCAGUUCAGAGGUUUAUCAGUGAAGACAAACUUCCUCAUCUUCUACUGUAUGGACCGCCUGGCACUGGGAAGACCUCUACUAUACUAGCUUGUGCAAAGCAGCUAUACAAAGACAAAGAGUUCAACUCCAUGGUGUUAGAGGUAUUCAUAAGCAUUGUUUACUAAGAAAAGACACUUAAUGAUGCUCCAAACCCUGACACAAAAUUAAAUUCACUGCUAUCAGUUUAGAUAAAAUUACAAUGUUUUAUCAUACUGAUAGGCCACAUAUAGCUGUAAUAUAUCACUUAAUCUGUAACUCAAGAGCUGACCAAUAGCAAUUAACAGUAAAAUUAUAAUUUUUAUUGUGAGGUGCCUGCACUCUGUAACCCCUCAAAUAGUGGCCUAACGUAUAGAUUAAUGUAUUUUUAGCAAGACAAUACAUGUAAUAUGUAUCCUAACCCUUAUCUUUUGCAGAAACUGUCUCUGUGUAAAAAGGAAAGUACUACAGUGUGUGCAUCUCUAGCAAUGAGUUGAACAUCACAUCCUAUAGCAGUGUACAUUCUGACACUUCUGUAGAAGUUGGCCAGAGCCAUUAAAAUGUCAAUGUGUAACUAAGAGUAGAACAAAUUUGCACAUGGCAGUGCUGUUAGAUCCUAAAUGUUUAACCUGCCAUAUGUUCAACUAAGCCAAACAAAAGAUCUAAAGAUUCAGUACUCUGAAUAACUGUCUCAUUGAAAAGAUAUCCCCUUCCAUUAAAGGGACACUUUACUGCCCAGGGACAUUUUUAAAAACACUAUUUAGUAGCUAUACCCCCAGUGAAAAUAUGUAUGCAUUUUCAUUGCAUUACAACAUUUGCAAACCCUCCCUCUCUUCCCCAGCCCAGACUUUUUGUGGCUGUUGAAUUACAGACUUCACAGUGCAACUCAAUGAGAAGUCUUUGCAAGGUGUGUUCUCUGGCUAAUUGCCUGCCUCCUGUGUCCCUGUCCCCUUAACCUUGCAAUCUUAAAAUUGCAAUUUCAGAGAAACUGCAAUGUUUUUAUAUUGCAGGGUUAAGACUGCCUCUAGUGGCUGUCUUUCAGACAGCCACUAGAGGCGCUCCUGCAACAACAUGAAACAAUGCUGGACGUCCUUACACUGUGCAUGAGCAUGUCCAGCACCUUCAAAAUCCUCAUAGGAAAGCAUUAAUUCAAUAUUAAUAGCCACAUGCCGCUCUCCGCACGUGCACAUUAGCUUCUCCCGAGGGACCUCUGCACUAAAACAACCUUGUGGCUGAGGGACACUAUAGUGUUCCUUUAAUGGACAACUGUUUUCACUGGGUCAGACACUGCUAAUCACACAGAGCACCCAGAUUAACCCCAGCAACGGGCAAGUUAAACUGAGAAGUUGGUCAGAUAACUGUAGAGUCUGACCCAAUAUUUUUUUGAUUGUGUAAACACUGAACCAGAUAGCUAAUAAAUUUCCACCAUAGGAAUGUUGUCUAAGAAGCUAAAUAUUGGAAAGGGAAGAUCUUUCUGCUACAUGACAACUGUUUAGAGCUUUGUUUGUUUUUGUUCAGUUGAAUGCUUCGGAUGACAGAGGGAUAGACAUCGUUCGAGGACCAAUACUAAGUUUUUCUAGCACUCGGACUAUAUUCAAGUAGGUAAUCGUUUUGUUACUGUUGGGUUUUUAAUAUCACUUGCUAUUAACAAGUAUUUAGGAAGAUUGCAUCGGUGCUCGUUCUAUCAUGGUUAAUUUGCAAGUUCAAAUUAAAUGUUUUUUUUUUUUUUAAUAUGGUUAAUUGCAUAACCUACUUGGCGUUUUUAGGAAAAAUAUAAAUUCAUUUUUUAUGUAUUAUUCUUUCACACUAUCUUGUUUAUAUGUCUUGCUUUCUGCCCAUUUUUUAUUUAUUUUAUUUAUAAAACAGUCUCUAACUUGUUACUUGUACAUGGCAGUGACAUUCCCUUUAUGUAUUUCUGUACUGUAAUAAUCUUUGCUAAAUGUUGGUGAGAAACUUUAUUGGUUGACUACCUAUUUUAGUUUUAAUGUUCACCUAAUUUAUUUAUUUUAUUUUUCUUUGCAAUUUACUAUAAAAUAUAAAUCAUUGCUCUAGAUCCCUUUUUGUGAAGGUGGGGAUAUAUGGUGUAUAUUGCCAUUUAGGCGUUAAAUCACUUUGCUUAAGCAACCCGAGCCACACCUACCCUGGCUGUGUUUCUCAUCUUUACACUCACUUUACAUUUAGACAUUCUUAUUGCCUGCUUUGUUAAUAACCUGCUAGAGUCUGCAACAGUCUCCUUUGUGUGAUUUAAAGGUCAACUAAUAGAAAGAGAGAUAAGAACAUUAAAAAAGAUACUCACCUCCCUCCCCCUUUCCUCCUCUUGGAGGCUGUGAGAGUCGCUGGCAGCGAAGGUAUGGCUCCAACGUCCAGAACAAAAUCAGCACCAUGCUGAUGAGACCCAAAAAGUCGAAACUGCAAUUUGUGUCUGGUUUCUGGUCACUAAUCCUUUUUUAAAAAAAAAAAAAUGUUUUAUUAAAUGAGCCUGUGCUGAAGAGGUCAUACUAGAAUUUUUUUUGUUUGAAACGCGAUGCCUGUCUGCUCAUUUGCAAGUGAUGUGUGUGUGUGUGAGCUAUUGGCAAGUAGAAAUAAAUUAAACCCUGGUGAGUAUGCUAUAGCUUUUAGUGGCAAGUAACUUGUUUAAGGCCUGUGUGUACACAAUUUACACAAAUGUAAAUUUUUACAUUAAUACCUUGAGCUUUCAUUAUUUUCCCUCUGUUCUCCAUUGCUGCUCACCUGUAUCAGUACUGAGGAGGGAGAGGAAAUAACUUAGCAGCUUUGUUCCUGGCAUCUAUAACGGAAGCUGGUUAUUUAUGAUAUUCCCACUGCACUUGCACUUCUGGACAUGUGUAUUAAGGCAGCUUGCUGGUAGAAUAAAAUUUUAAAUUGAUUCCUCCUGGUCCUGUCUGGAUACUGCACAGGAGUGUGAGGAGAGCUUAGAAAAAUGUAUGUUGCUGCAUCAAAGAGACACUGCGUCUCCAAAUUUAUACCAUUGCGGAAAAUUGUAAACCUAUUGUCUCCUUUAACUCCUCUGGGUAGAAGAGUAGAUUGAGAAUAAUCAAGCAGUCAAGUGUAUGCUGAGAUCUUAUGAAAUCAGGACAAACAAGAAAUAAUUAUUAGAUCACAGUUUUUGCCAAUAUGGCACCCUGUAAUUGCCAUGAACAUCUUCUAAUAUUUUUUUAGAAACCUUUGUAAUUGACUUCUCUACUUGCUGCCUCUGUGUUUCAAUGUGUGUAAACCACAUACAUUGCAGCUAUACAUUAGAAACAUAGAAUGUGACGGCAGAUAAGAACCAUUCAGCCCAUGUAGUCUGCCCAAUUUUCUAAAUACUUUCAUUAGUCCUUGGCCUUAUCUUAUAGUUAGGAUAGCCUUAUGCCUAUCCCACGCAUGCUUAAACUCCUUUACUGUGUUAAUCCUCUACCACUUCAGUUGGAAGGCUAUUCCAUACAUCCACUACCCUCUCAGUAAAGUAAUACUUCCUGAUAUUAUUUUUAAACCUUUGUCCCUCUAAUUUAAGACUAUGUCCUCUUGUUGUGGUAGCUUUUCUUCUUUUAAAUAUGGUCUCCUCCUUUAUUGUGUUGAUUCCCUUUAUGUAUUUAAAUGUUUCUAUUAUAUCCCCCCGUCUGGAUUUUGUUUUCCGUUUUGGUUUUUCCUCUCCUAGAUAUGAGUAGACUUUGCUAUAUGUACUUGGACUUUUUACCAAUCUGUCCUAUUGUACUGAUAAAGCAAUCUGAUUUGCAUGCCUCUCUGUCUGACAUCUAUUUUGCUGUUGCAGGAAAGGCUUCAAGCUUGUGAUCUUGGAUGAAGCUGAUGCAAUGACUCAAGAUGCUCAAAAUGCUCUGAGACGAGGUAAAAUAGCUCACACUUUCAUAUGCCUGGAAACACUACAGAAUUGCUAGCUCUACAUAAAUCUUGAGAUAGACAUAACAAUCUGCCAUCUCUUUAUGCUACAAAAGCUGUAUUUAUAUAGUCAGCUUAUCUGUGUUGCUUGUAACUAAAUAUUACAUUUGAAAAUAUUGACAUUGCUCUGAAAUUAGCCUAAAUGUUUGUAGAUGGCUUUUUAUUUGGGAAGGAAAGUCUACUUUUUAAAAAAUUUGUUGUUUUGGGUUUUUGUUUUUACCAAUCAAGAACGGAAUCGGCUUGUCCAUUUCUGUUCCUAUGUAUGGUGUAGCCCAUAUGGGCAUCCAACAGACAGAUGUCAUAAAUAAAACAUGUAUGGUUUUCUGCCACAGAUUUUGGAUGGGCAUAAUGAGGUUUGUAUAUGCUGCAGUGUGUUUUUUGAGAAAAAAAAGUGUCCUUUAGUAGCUUUUGUCCUUGUUGGUUGACGACUUUUAACUCCCAUGUUUUUGGUAUGGUAUGUUGGUGGAUAACCAGAACAGUCUCCAUGUCUUAUGGCUAUUCCUUUACUGUUUGCUUAGCUUUGUCAUGGAAUGAAGCUCUGUAACUUAGUAACUGUUGAGUUUUAUUCUGCAUUCCUGUUUUGGGUUUCCUUUUCCCUAUAUUACUUAAAUUUCAUCUGGCAGCUCAAGGAAUUAAGGUCUAUAUCUGUGUAGCUAUCCACACACUGUAACAGAAUGCCAUGGACUUCUUCAAUUUAGAUAUCUGUGCUUUAAACUAAUCCCUUAUGCAGCGCUGGGGGACCCCCAAAUGAACACCACCGUUCACAUGUUAAUGGUUCAUAAAGUACUGCCACAUGCUUUAACGCGUAGCAACAUAAUAAAGUGUAUUCAUUUCUAGGGGCGUGAUGUAAAUUUGUACCAAUCAAAAGUUAACACAUUUUCAAAGCACUGCAUUUUGGGGGCCAUAAACCCAGCCCAUCAUUAUCCAACUGGCAUUACUUCAUCUCUGUUAGAAGCAAGUGAUUUCUCAGUUAUUUGUUGCGUAGUCAAAAAUUAAUUUGCUGGGAAAAACAGAAAAUACAAAUGCUCUUGAAAUGUUACAGCUAGUUAGUAAAGCAUAAAACAAAGAAAGGGACUAUCACCUAAAAUUGUUAUAUCAAAAGGCAAAAAAAUAAUUUCCAUUACACAUCAUGUAAUAACAUUGACUUUUGUUUUCUCCGAUUUUUAGCAAAUACCCUCCAUUAAAACGAAACUCUGAGACCAGAUUUAUUGUAUGCUUUUGUUUAAAUGGCAUGUAAUUGUUUUGUUUACUUUUCUAAUUCUAUUUUAUCAAAUCUUUGGCAUUAAUUAUAAUGCCAAACUGGGUGAUAUGUAUACUAUUAACAUACCACAAAAGAUGAUUAUGCAUAUGUUGAGUCUUAUGUUUUCCUCUUUUGUUUCAGUGAUUGAGAAGUUCACAGAGAAUACUCGCUUCUGUCUCAUCUGCAAUUAUCUGUCUAAAAUAAUCCCAGCUUUGCAGUCCAGGUGUACAAGGUUCCGAUUUGGCCCCCUCAGUUCAGAGAUGAUGAUUCCAAGGUUGGAACACGUAGUGCAACAAGAAAGGUGACUAUUGAGAUCCGUGUGUUUUUUGUUUACUUUUUUAUUAUAGAAAAGUUAUAAUUAUAUUUCCUUUUAGAUUUGAUUGAAAUCAUUGGACUUAUUAUCAUUUGAGGUGAAGAAUUGUGGUAGCGGUAACCAUAUCACCGUGAGAUAUUGACAAAUAUAUUCAUAAUGCACUUCCUACAAACUUCCUGAAUAUUGCAGUAUAUAGAAUCUGUUGAAUUUCUUCAGUUCCUUUCUGUAGGAUGUCUGUCUUUGGAAUUGGGGAAUGUAUUCUAAUAUUCUUCCAGUAAGGUGAAUACAUUUGAGUCUGCAUCAUUAUCACAGGUUUUAUAGACAUUUGCUGACUAUUUCAUAACACAUUUUUUUACAAAACAAGUAUUGUAUAUUACUUUUUUUCACAAUUUUAUUUUGUGCAUUUUCUAAACUUGUUGCUAAAAUGUAUUUUGUGUGAAUUUUUAUUUUUUUAAUGAAAGCAUUUACUUUUAUUGAGGGAAGUAUCCCCUUUUUAAAUCUGUUUCCUGUCUUUUUAUGUUGUAUGUAAGCAUUAAACCCUAUGGUUAUGAUGUCCUGGUUUUUCAUAUUUGUAUUUUUAAAUACCAUAUAUUUUUUUUAUUUAAAUUUUUAUCCUGACUAACAUCUUGUUUGCUGCAUGUCACAUAUCUGCAGAUACAGUCAGUAUUGAUUUCUUCUAUAUUCAUGUUGCUUCUGUCUUCCAUUCAUAAUACUUUUCACAGUUCAUUCAGUUUGCUAUUGGGAUUAUUGGAAGCAGUAGCUGUCUGCAAAUUAAAAUCAUAGUGGAAAAGCAAAUUAGACCCAUGAUUUAAAAAAAAAGAAAAGCCACACAUACACAGUUUAUAUACUUAUUUAGCGGUCUUCUACAGGCUCCUUGUUUUCAAGCUUGUCAUUCACUCUCUGGCUGAGCUUGGUAUGUUCUGAGACUCGACCCUAGUAACACAAAGUGAGUGGCAUAGCUAAGGAGGUGGGCUUAGGCGCCCUUUUUUUUUAAAUCUAAAUAUAAUCAGUGACAUCUGCAGAGUAUCUGAGGCCAAAAACUAUCAAAUAAGCAUAAGUUGUGUUGGUGCCUAUAGUGUCUGCUAACUAAUUAAAAAAUGAUCACCUGAGGAUUAAAAUAAAAUAAGUUAAGCCUCAGUGGUUAAAAAAAAUACUAUGAAAUAAUAUGAUCUGUAUGUUUAACACUGCAGACAGUGAUCAAAGGGCAAGAAAGGGGUUACAUUUUAUUAGAAAGGGAUGGGGAGGGUGGGAUUUUCGAACUAGGACACCAAGGCAGACUGCAGCAGCAUGUCUGAAUGCAGCAACAUUUGCAUCAAUCUGGGGUUAAUAUUAGUAAUGAAUGAAAAUUUUUGUCCAGCGUCCUUAAGGGGUUAAUGCAGCAUGGCUAUAUUCACAUUGUAAAAUUAUGAACUUUAUAUUUAGUAUUCAUUUGCACUUAAAGGACCACUCUAGGCACCCAGACCACUUCAGCUUAAUGAAGUGGUCUGGGUGCCAGGUCCCUCUAGGAUUAACCCAUUUUUUUUAUAAACAUAGCAGUUUCAGAGAAACUGCUGUGUUUAUAAAUGGGUUAAUCCAGCCUCUAAAGCCUCUAGUGGCUGUCUCAUUGACAGCCGCUAGAGGCGUUUGCGUGCUUCUCACUGUGAAAAUCACAGUGAGAAUACGCCAGCAUCCAUAGGAAAGCAUUAUGAAUGCUUUCCUAUGAGACCGGCUGAAUGCGCGCGCAGCGCCUACCGCGCAUGCGCAUUCAGCCGAAGAGGAGGAUCGGAGGAGGUGAGCUCCCCGCCCGGUCGCUGGAAAAAAGUAAGUUUAACCCCUUUCCUCUCCCCAGAGCCCAGCGGGAGUAGGACCCUGAGGGUGUUUUCCUGGCACUAUAGUGGUCCUUUAAAAUUGUUUGGUUUACUUUGCUGUUGUCUGCAGACAUUACCCUUUUAUGUUCUUUUAGUACUUUCCUUGCAAUACUUUCAUUGUACCAGGCUCCUGUUUUUUAUAACCUUUUUUUUUCUCUGGUAGUGUCAACAUUAGCCCAGAUGGAAUGAAGGCUCUGGUGACUCUGUCCAAUGGAGACAUGCGUAGAGCUCUGAAUAUACUGCAGGUUAGAUUUCAUGUUAACACUUGCAAGGACUGAAAUUCAGCAAUGGUUGUGAUCUAGAUAAACAAGGCAUUUGCAGCAGUUCUUGUAUUAUUGUACAAAUUUCAUUCUUUGUUUUUACUGUUGUGCACAAAAGAUUCAAAACUACCAGGGUCAGGUAAAUACCCAUAUCUAUAAAAGUAAUAAAGUACAAUCAAAUGUUUGGGGGGUGGCUGUUAUUGGCAGUGAAAAUAUUUUUGUGGGUCACACCCAUCCAAACAAGCCUCUGCUUAAGUUUCUAAUACCUAGUUUCUCAUUGCAGAAUUCGCAGAGUGUUCACUGGUGCUUUACAGUAAGCCAUAUUAGCCAUCUAGUGUAUGACCUGUGACAUAAUCAUUGGUGAGGUGCUGCCCUGAGUGGCAAUGGGAGAGUGAUACAUGCAACACCCCCUCUCCCUGCUUUGCAUUGUCCCAUGCAGUAGAGUAGCAGAGUGGUAUCAAGACAGAGUACUCUGUUUGCUCUGGCUCAUCAGUUAGCAUGGUGCAUUCAUCCUGCACUGUGAGUGGAGAGAAGUUAUAUCCUACCUUCUCUCAACUAACGUGCAGAUUAAGUACAUCAAGCUGACAUGUCGGCCAGAAUAGAUCAAAUGUGCUUUGUCUUGGUACCUCAUUGUUGUGUUGCAGUUGUAGAGGGAUGUCCACACAACUGAGGUGGACAGAGAGAAUGGGUAAAAGACAGAAUAAAUCACUAAUAAUUGAUAAAAUGUAUGUGAAUGAUAUAAGGAAAGAGGGGGUCACAAGAGGAGUAGAAGGACAUCAGACAGUAAGCCCCCUCGCCCACGGACCAGCUGUGCACUUUUAAAAUCCCAAUAAAUAACCUUUUACAUGUUAUCUAGAUUUAAAUUAUAUGCGUUCUUUAGGAAGAAAUAUGGGUAAAUAUGAAUCGUCUGACGGUCUUGCAACUGUGGCUUCUAAAAAACAGUGAGGUACACUGCUCUAGGGCCACAAAUUGUAUAAUGUUAACUUAAUUGUCUGCAACAAUUUUUAUAGAGUUACUCCAAGCAUCAUGGCCACUCAGUGUUUUGAAUGGGUCCUGAUGAUUAAAUAUGUAUAUGCAAAAUUUAAAUAUCGAAACGCAACACAUACAUGUUUGGGUUAGCUGCCAGAGGUGUAACUCUGCCUCUGGCAGUGUCAUUAGGAUUUUGUUAAUUAGCCAGGAACAAGAGUCAAUUACGUGCGUAUUCCUUGCACAGAGGAGCAUUCAUUGGCAUUCAGUUGACACUAUCAGUGAAUGAAUAACCGCCAUUAUCUGCAUCUGGCUUAUGCAGCUUGGCAGAAGCCAUAUGGGUUUGCGCUACCAUUAUUUGAAGCUCAGCACCCAACAGGGCCACACAAAAAAAAGCAAACAUUUGCAAAACAGUUUGCCUAAUUACCAGGGAAUGGCACUAAGGUAUUUCGAAUAAAACCACCACAGUGAGAUCUUUUAAACGGUUUGCCGUCUUAUCUGAUCCUGUUGGCUCCAAACCUCCAAUAAUGACAGCUGAAAUACAUUAUGCUACUGCAAACUGGGGGCAGAUUCGCUGAGAGCAGCUGUUCAUAUUUAUAAUGUGUAAGUGUAAAUUCCACAUUAUCAAAGAGACUGAAGAGUAGGCAGGUAUCUCUGGAUGCCGAGCAGAGUCUGAGGGUUUUGUUUUUCGGUCAGUCCACUCCAAAACAAGUUUAAUAAAAACCAGGGGACAGCAUCUAUGUACUUCUUUUUUUGCAUCAUAUCCACUACAUAAAGCUGUACAUAAAGCUCCCUCAAGUGUUGUUACUCCUGUGUCUGUCUCUCUCCAAGUCAACGGUGCUACCAUCAGCUCCACCACGCAGGCUCGCUGCCUAGGUGUUCUCUUUGACUCCGACCUCUCCUUUAAGCCUCAUUUUCAAUCUAUCGCCAAAUCCUGUCAUUUCCAUCUCAAAAACAUUGCGCGCAUCCGCCCCUACAUAACUCCAGAUGUGACGACGGUGUUGGUCCAUUCCACUGUCCUUUCUCGCCUUGACUACUGUAAUCCGCUUCUCAGUGGUCUUACGUGCUCCCAACUUGCGCCGUUACAGUCCAUAAUGAAUGCGGCAGUGAGGCUCAUCUACCUGUCCGCCCGCACCUCCCACGCCUCACCCUUCUGUCAGUCCCUACAUUGGCUUCCUAUAAAAUAUAGAGCUCAAUUUAAAAUUCUGGUUCUUUCUUUCAAAUUGCUACAGACUGCUGCUCCCACAUCCUCCCUUAUACACAAGUAUGUCCCGUCUAGGCCCUUAUCUGCUGAAGAUCUGCUGAAGACUUCUAUCUUCUGUCCGUUCUCCCACCUCUGAUGCUCGCCUUCAAGAUUUCUCGAGGGCUGCACCGUUCCUGUGGAACUCACUUCCCUCCUCCAUUAGAUGCUCACUCAGUCUCCACUCCUUCAAAAAAUUGUUAAAAACCCACUUCUUCAUAAAAGUGUAUCAAUUAAACUGUUAAUAGCUCCUGACUGAUUCCUCUUCUGCAACUGUCACUAGUCUAAUACUAUCCUUACCUUUUUGUGUCAUUUUACCCCACUCCCUCUAGCAUGUAAGCUCAUUGAGCAGGGCCCUCAACCCCUCUGUUCCUGUGUGUCCAACUUGUCUGGUUACAACUACAUGUCUGUUCAUCCACCCAUUGUAAAGCACUGCAGAAUUUGAUGGCGCUAUAUAAAUAACAUCAUAAUAGUGUUUAGAAUAACUUUUAAUAUUCCUCUAUUCCACCACAAAACACCAUACAUUUCAAUUCUACAGUAGCAAGUUUUUAUAUUGCUUUCUUUUUCAUUUUAUUCUGCAUUUUGUUUAUUCAGAAUUAAGGUGCUAAUUUAUCCAGCUUUGUAUGACCUAAGAUUUCUUUUGCAGAGUACAAACAUGGCAUAUGGGACAGUCACAGAGGACACUGUCUACACCUGCACAGGCCACCCACUGAGGUCUGAUAUAGCCAAUAUCCUUGACUGGAUGUUGAACAAAGAUUUCACUUCUGCAUACAAAAGUAUCCUUUUGAGUUGUUUGUGUGUGUGGUUAAGGGACUACAAAAUAGUAUUGUAUUGGUAGCUGAUAGGGGAUGGUAUUUAAUUUGGCUAUACACUUGUGGCUUGUCCUUGGGUUGCUGAGAACAUAUCCUUAACCCCUUAAUGACACAUGACUGAAAUAUUCUGUCAUUAUUCCCUUUUAUUUCUGAAGCUGUGUCCUUAAGGGGUUAAAUUACUUUAACUAGUUUGAUCCUAGAUUGGAGUGAAAAUAAUUAUUACAGCUAUAGAGGGCUGUGUUUGCUCAGCCCACCUUGUCUGUAGACCUUUUUUCCUCCCUUCCAACAAAAAUAUACUUAACUCGUUGAUUGUAGGCAUAAUGGAGCUGAAAACCUUAAAGGGCCUAGCACUUCAUGAUAUUCUCACAGAGGUCCAUCUCUAUGUACACAGAGGUAAUGCUGUAUUACACAAAAUCUACAUUUAUAUUGCUAUCUGAGUGUAUGUGGACACUUUGAUAUACAAACCUUUACUUUUGGUACUGUUUGAGUGCUCCAAUGUAACUUUAUUUGGGCUUUUUUUCCUAUGUAUUUUGGACUAAAGAGUGACAUCUUCAUAGUUCUGGCUCCAUCUGAUACAAAAGCAUACCUGAAAUUUUGGUUGUGCUACCUGAAUGAGGGAUAUAGCACUCCUAUAGCAAAUGAUUUUUUUUUUUUUUAUUAUCUACUUACUAGACAUGCCAAAUACUAUUGGUCCAGUAGAGGGCGCUCCAUUAAUUGUAUUGUAGGAUGUGGUUAUUUUACAGGCUGUCACCUUAUCAGACACAAAGCAAAUGCUACAUUAGUAGUAAAAUAGUCUGUAACAACAAAAGUAGUUUAGCCUGCAGUAUUGGUUAGCUAUCUGGAGAGGUUUGUUUUAAAUACUGACUUGCAAAAUGUCGAACAGACUAGUCAACUUAUCAGUUAUGUGUAGUGAAUACUCAUAAGCAUGGAUCUACAUUUCCAUUUACCACUAGCAUUGUCGAGUGAAACUAGCCCUGGAGCGAAUAAGCUUACCCCUGAAGUUUAUGCUAUAGUUCGCAUAGGACUUCUAAUUUUUAACCCUGAUUUAAAGGGUAAAAUUAUUGUACUAAAACAUCAACUAUGUAGAAUUGCAUUCGUCCUGCUUGAAAAUAGUGCUGUUGGUUCUUUGGUUGACACCAUAUUAAGUCCAGUAUUUGAGGGCUUAUGAGAUGCCUUGUUCAGCUCUUUUGUAAAAUGAUAUGGUAUUUUUAUGGCAAUCCUACAAGAAUUAGGGAGCUAUCUAUUAAGAAGCUGAAAUACCAAAAUAAUAAAAAGCCCUUUUCAUAAUUAUUGUCUUUUAGCCUACGUUACUAAUACUAAGAAAAUUGUAUUGGUAAAUAAGGCAGGUUAAAUCCUCCCUCCUGCCUCUGUCAACUGUGCCAUGAGUAGGGGUAUGUAUAGUGGGGUGCUGAAUCUAUUGUCUCCCCCUCCCUUCCACCCAGCAAACGCAAAUGGGGCUCCUAAAUGAUGGGUGAGGGACCUAUUGGCUUUCCCCACCCAGUGGCUGCGGAUGGGGGCUAAUAAUAAAAUGGUUUUCUCCCCCCCCACGACUAGGGGUUUCCAAAAAAAAACUCUGACAGACAUGCAUACCCACUGACAAACACAUAUGCUCAUUCUUUGUCCACACAUAUGCCAGUGUGGGGCCAGCAGUUUGUGGGAGAGGGAUGGUGCAUUGUGUGUUGGUGACAGGGGGAGGGGCAGGGUGUGUGUUGGUGACAGAGGGAGGGGCAGGGUGUGUGUUGGUGACGAGGGGGCGGGCAAUGUGUGUCUGUUGGUAACGGGAGGGCAGGGUGUAUUGGGGGGGGACUGUGUGUUGGUGACUGUGUGGGAGAGGCGGGAAGUGUGUUGGUAACGGGGAUAGGGGGAGUGCAUGUUGGUGAUAGUGGAGGGGGGGAGGAUAGGGUGUGUUGGUGACACACCCUGUUAUAUAAUGGCAAGGGCGGCAAAAUGCUGCACCUGUCAGAGGGCCGUCGGGGCUCCAUGCAAAUUGAGCUAGUAGGGCGGGCAAAGCCUUAUAAAGGUUUCCCACGCUGUGCAAUUUCACUCAGCACUAAGUCAACCAAUCAAAGUGCUUUGAACGGUAAAUCAUAAGAUGGCAAAGUGUGGAAACUUUUAAAACGCUUUCCCUGCUAUCUCAUUCUGCAUGGAACCUCAUCGCUGUGGGUGAACAUGGAUUUAAAAAAAAAUAAUUUAUCAAAACAACAUGGAUUUUUAUAUAGCUUUUUUGGGGGCCUAGAUAAGGACAUCUAAUGGGAAGUAUUUUAUUUUAUAGGUAUUUAGUUGAUUGCCUCCCCCACACUAUUAUUGAGGGGGGAAGGGUAUUUUUUGGGGGGUCCCCUAGUCACAGGUGGGAUUAAGCUGCUGCAUAUUCACAAAGCAGUUAUCUACCAGGCUGAGAGUACUGUGCAUGAAGAAAAUUAGUUCUGUGUGCAUGUAAGUGGAGACUGGCUUGGACAGCUUAGUGAAUAAGCUAGACAUCACUUUAAGACAUUAGUGGGUUGUGUGUGUAGCUCUGGUGCCAAAGCUGAAGAGUGAAUCAUUUUAUAAUUGUGAGUGCAUUUUUUUUUACUAUAUCUAUGUGUGAAUAAAGGGUAUCAUGCUAUCUAAGAGCCCUCUCUGCGCUUACUUUUAAAUAUUAAAAAUUAAAUGUUUAACUUUCCUUUCUUCUGCAGUGGACUUUCCAUCAUCUGUUCGAAUGCAGUUGUUAAUCAAGAUGGCAGACAUAGAGUAAGUCACUUUCUUUUUGAACAUUCAUUUAAAGUUUUAUAAUUUAGGAUGGCUAAGAUUAAUAGCUUAAUGUAAUGCUUCACAAGAAUAUAGACAUUCCCUAUUUUAGUAGUAAUAUUAACAAAGUGUUUGUUUACUUGCUAAAAGUAUGAGAUUUUAGGGAUAAUUUUCUAUAAAAGGAUAACAUUUAAAGGCGGUUAAGAACGGCUUGACUGUUAAAGUAUACCCAUAUGUAUUGUUUUCCAUGUGGAUAUUGAAUUAAUCUUAAUGUAUUUAAAUUGCCUUCAUUUAUUAAAAAGAUGUUAAACAUCAUUAAUGUCUUAUUAUGAAACGUUUUCUAUUGUCUGCACUUGGGGACCGCCGCAGUCUCACCUGCUCUGAUAUUAAAUUGACUCUGGCUAACUCAGGUAGUGUCUAGGAAUUCUAACAUGGUCAGAGAUAGUCACAGUAAUCUGUGAUGGACCGCUGUCACUGAGUACCAUGCCCACCACUUAUUCGCUUGAUUUUCUCUUGUAUCAGGUGUUUCCCCAUGUAUUUUUAUGCCUUUCAUGUAUUGUGCCCUGUUCCCCGUUCAGGAAAAUUCCCCGAUAUCCCAUUUAGAAUGCUCAUUAGAACGUUCCAAAACCACAACGGAAAUCACUAACGAAUGCUCUUCUGGGUGGCUGCCAGUUCGUAUAGCCAAACUUCAGCCAAGGGGAGCAUUCGUAUCAUGAACUGGCUUGCCUGCACGGUUUCAGGUUGUGUCGGGGAUCCCUCUACCUGCUCCUAAAGGAGCCAUAAUUACUGCUUCUCCCUUCCCGGGAGCUGCAAGGCCAGGCUCGUAGCAGCCCAGAAAGCGCUCUCUCCGCUGCUACCUAAGUGGAGUUAUCCACCGAUUGGCGCAAACAAGUUUUGCGCCCUUUCUACUUAGUGAGCGGCGAAAUACCUCUCCUCCCUGAGCGCCGAUUGGCUCGAAUUGGUUUCGCGCCUUUCCCCAUAUUGGUCAUUGCUUGGUUUAGGCGAAGUUUGAAUUGACCAGCCUAAACCACUCAAACCCGUGAAACUAAUUUCGGGAAUAUACAGAGCCACGAACCCAGACUUUAGACUGAUUUCUCGGGCUUAGUACAUCCGAUAGUCCCACUAUUUACAGGGAUCCUAGUUGGGACCCUGGGCUAUCCAGGGAUGGAUGUUUUAUGUGUACCAGGGGCCGGUGCAAGGAUUUCUGCCGCCCCUCAUCUCACUCAUUCACUGACAGACACUCACCUCCCUGGGGUCCAUUGUGGGGCUGCCUCUCACUCCUCCCGCCCGCUGUUUAGUAUGCUAGGGCCAGAAUGAUGUAAUAUUCCGGUUCCGGCAUCACAGAGGGCACGAGGGAGGAGUGAGAGGCUGCAAGAACCCUCACCGCCUGGCUUUUCCGUCCCCCUCUCCUCCGGACUGUCACUGGCAUUUGUUGGCAGAGCAGGCACCUGCCAUCAAGGUAAGCAGGUGCCUGCUCUGCCUUACCUAGCACAGCCUUGGGGGUGCACUGAGGUGGCCAAACGGCCACCUCCUGGCCCCACCUGUGACAGGGCUCCUCUCGGCGCCCCCACCUUCAGGCGCCUUGAGGAUCGGCCCGUGCUGGGGGCGGCUCGAGCCGCUCGCCCAGUGUUGCAGCCCCAGACGGACAGGCAGCCGACCAGGAAACAUCCCGGUGGGCGCCCCCAGCAGGGCGGCGCCCUAGGCGAAUACCUAGCUCGGCACGGUGUGUAACCCUUUUUCUUCCCCUCCCCUAAGUGUUCCCCAUUGUAUAUGAUGUGCUUUACUGUUGUUCUCCCAGGGUGGGUGAUGUCUAUCUGUAAACCGUCCCCCUCCAGCUGGAGACUGAGGGAUUUGUACUGAAAAGAAUGGAGACCCCCCUGUGGGGGUCUGUGUAUAAAUUGCCUGUACCAAUAAAGCAUUGUCAGACCCCCAGAACUGUGUCCUCGUUACUGAGGGGAAGAAAGGGUUAAUCACUGUUCCUGCGUGUGGAGGAUGCAGCAGGGAAAGUCCUUGCAAGGACUAGAGCUUCCUGGACUGAGUGCUGUCCAGUCCCUGGGAGCGCAUAGAGCUAGUUCCCCUACCCAUUUCCAGCUAGGAAGCGGACCACUGGCAGAGGUACCCAGCUGGGGUACAGUUGGCUGCGCCACAGUAUCAGAGAAGAAUUCUUGUGAGAGAUCAGACUUCUCUUAUCCCCUGAAAUCUAAGUGGUAUAGUUAAAGGAGCUCUGUCACCGUCUGGGGUCUGUGCCUAUAUUGAUGGUGACUACUCUGUGUCCUGUGACGCGGGGUGCGUUUUACUUGCCUAAAUCUAUCCCUCGCCGCACAGGCCAUGUUCUUUCUGCUACGAUCCCAUGUCAAUUUUGUACUCUCAUGUAUGUGAGAGUACAACACUGAGAUUUAUGGAGGAUCCUGUGAGAAGCUCCAUAGUUAUUGCCUUUUCCCUACAGAUGUCACUAGUGAAAGCGGAAGUUCUACAUUUUGUCAGGUGUAGGGUCUACUUUGUAUUAGUGUUUCUGUUGACUGAGUUGGAAUUUUAGGGAAAUUCCAGUCAAUGUGACUAUUUAUUAAAGGGACACUAUACCACUGCAGCUCAUGAAAGUGGUCUGGGUGCAGUGUCCCAUCACCCUUAACCUAACGGGUCUUUAGGCAACACUUGGUCGCUAAAUGAAGCUGGACAUUCUCGCAUUAUGCAGGAGUAUGUCCAGCGUCACCAGCAUCCACAUAGGAAAGCACUGAAUAAUGCUUUCCUAUAGGGAAAUUCUAAUGCGAGCAUGGCAUUUGCCACGCAUGUGCAUUAGGUCUCCCGCGCUGCAGGGUUUUUGCAGUCACCCUAUGGCUUUUCACAAUCUGCCCUCUCAGAACUCUGGUUGCAGCCAUUGAUAGCUUCCUUUUUCUGCCCUGUCCAGGUAGUGUAGCCACUGUUCCUUCACCUUUGAACUUUUGUGAGCUAUGCUUCCAACAGUGUCUCUAGGAACAUUCAGUGCCUUUUCUAUAUUUUUGUAUCAUGUUUCUUGUUUGAAGGGUAAGGAUCUCUUCUCUUAACUUGGACCAUCUUUUGACUUGGCCAUAUUUGUAACAUGCAGGCAAAUGUGACAUUCAGCAAAUUCCUAACCAUUUCAGGUGUUCCAGCUCAAGCACCCCUGGUGCAAAUAAUGGAGCCCUUGAUUAGUUGCAUCAGGUGUCCUUGAGACCACACCUGUCUUGCAUAUUUGUGCUGUUGUGAGGGAUUUUAUUCAGGGGGUUGAAUAAUUUUGAGGCUGGAGCAGUCAAACUACUUUUGAAGAAACCAUUUGAAGCAUUCAUUGUGUUGAUCUAUUUUAAUUGCUUUUGUUUGAUUUUGUUCAUUGCAAACAGCUGAAAGUCUGUAGACUGACAACCUGAUUUUCAAUGUGGGUUGAAUUCUUUUGAUUACAAGUGUAUGUUCACUCCAGUUGUUUCAAAGUGUAAACGUUAAUUUUCUACAUCUGAUCUGCUGUUGACAAAGUUUGACAAUUAAAACCUUACCCUUUUGAGGAACGGGCGAAAAGAAAAAAAUCAUGUAAGACUUCAUAUUUGCACCAUAGCUCAUGUGUGCUUAGAUAGUUGUAGUAAAAGUAUUUUUUUUACAUUUAUCUAGACUACAUUAGCAUUUUAAAUCAUGUCUAGUACAUUUUUACCAGGGUCAGCAGGUUACCAAUAUUUGUUAUGUAUUCUAUACAUCAGUUUUUGUUUGUUUGUUUUUAUUCUUUUCAGACACAGAUUGGCUUCAGGAACCAGUGAGAAGCUUCAGCUAAGUUCACUUAUAGCAGCUUUCCAGGUCACCCGAGACAUGAUUGUAGCUGAAGCUUAAAAAAUUAAAUAGAAAGAACUAAUGCCUUGAGAACAUAGAAGGCAAUACUGUACAUGGACAGAGCAAGACCCCUCACACAAAGUUUAAGAAGGAAGAAGACAAUGCCAAAGAGUGCAGACCCCAAAACUUAUUUUUAUUUGGAUACAUCUCUGCACUGUUAGGUGUGAAAGGACCCCUGUUACAACUCAUUUAUGGUCAUAUUUUCUUAUUGAUGCUGACUUGAAAUUAAGGUCUUUAAAUAAAAUCUAUAUUACAGUAUUUGUGCCAGAGAAAACACAAUAUUAGUGGGGUCAUCUGUCAACUUCCCCAGCGCUGAAAGAAUCAGGAUUUUCAAGCCAAACACCAUCAUGAAUAGGAUGGAGAAAAAAAAAAAAAAUCAAGUUAGUAGCACUAAGUAUCGGCAAAGAGCAAAUGAUUUCAAUUGUAUUUUUGGUCCUUUUUACAGUGGAUCUGCAACUUCCAAACAGUUAUAUAACACCACUACUACUAAUGUGGAACCUAUGCCUAACAUUGCUUCAUCUCGCUAAACACAUACAAUGGUAAAUAGCCUAUUGAUCGGCUUCCCCUCCCCCAGGAACAUAACUGAAAGUAUAUUACUUGCGUAUAAGUGCUCCUGUUUUGCUAACGUAGGUUGCUAUCUAAAUAUAUUUUCAGAACAAACUGUGGUUUUCACAGCAUGUCAGGCAGCAGCCUUGUAUGCAAAAUCUAAAACCGAAUUGUAUAAAACAGUUACACAAAUAGCCAAAUGGGGAGAGUGGGAAUCUUCCAUAGUUAUCUUUCUAGUUUUGCUCUUGUGACUUCAAAUGCAAACACUUCUAUUAAAUAAACCUGUAAGAUUUACUUUAUUCUAUGUACAAACUGUACACUGCAGGUUUAUUUAUGAAACAGACACUCCAGACCCUUAACAGGAGGUGCCCCUUUACCCAGUUCCUAAAAGGGCAUAUUUUAAGAGAAAUCGUCACUUUAAAUAUUUAGGAAUGCUCACUGACUGUCAUAUGGACAUCCAGAAUUUUUUUUUUUGGGGGGGGGUGUUCUGCACUUGUGAUGGAAGUGAGAGCUUUCAUACAUAAUUUGUUUAAUGCUUCCCUGUAGGACGUUAUUGAUGCAUUCACCAUGAAGAGACUGUGGCCACAAAGUCUCCCAGGGUGGAACAGAUCAGUUUUUUUAGAGAGGGCUUGCUGUUUAGGGAGGACUUUGAGGGAGAGAGGGUGUGUUAUGCCCUGGCAUCUAGUACAGUAAAGGAACACUCCAGACACCAUAACUUAAUUAGCUUACUCUUAAGGGUUAAAUCACAAAGGAUUCACACACUGAUUGCUCUGCCCCGUUCUUCCACUGCUCAGAAUCUUGAUGAGUAAGCCUCGGCCCUGAGUACCACUUAUUGGCUUAGAACCGCCGUUGACACCCUUAGCCAUUCAUCAGCACUCCUAGCCAAGGGUACCUGUUGCAAGAUUCUGAGCAACGGAAGGACCGGCAGGGCAAUUGGAUACUGGACUUUGGGGUUAGACUGCUCAUGAGCAGUUUAACUCCUAAAUGUAAGCUAUUACCAGAAAUUCUUCAUUCCACUGAAGUUGCUAUGGUGUCAUGGAUGUUCAUUUAACAGAGCAUUGCUGAUUAAAAGUAAGAUUAGGGGAAGGAAUAGAAUAUCUACCUCCAUUAGGAAUUAAUCAGUCAAUAGCAAUCUGUAACAUGCAAUCUAUUUAGAUAACCUAAAACAUAACACAAUAUACAAUCACUCUACGGUGUUUACACUCCUCCCCCUCCCCCCAACAUAUCAUCCAAUUAAGUUGUACUUUAUUCAGACACUAACUAGUGUAUGGGUAGUCCACACACUUAAGUGCUUGAAGUUAAAGGGAAGAUGUUAUUUCUUCCUAAAGAUUUAAAUUAAUAGAACCCCUCCAGGAGGACUAAAAUAAGGAAUUCUAUCCUCCACUAGCUGAGUUAAUCAUUACUAAUGGGGGUUAUACUGUGCAGCAAUAUGCAUCUCUAUGGGGAGCAUGCGGACUGUUGAAAGAGUGCAGGACACUAUAGAAGCAAAGCUAAUCGCUGUCUGAGUAACCAUCAAAGAUGUUUUUAGGCAAAAAGGUAAACACUGCCUUUUCACAGACAAGGCAGGUUUUUUUUUUUUUUUUGUUAAAAUGCUAGGGUAGACAAAAACUACUCCUUUAGGCUGGUUCUGGUACUUUAACCCCUUAAGGACACAUGAUGGAAAUAUUCCAUCAUGAUUCCCUUUUAUUUCAGAAGUUGUGUCCUUAAGGGGUUCAAAUAGGACCUUCUUAAACUGGUAUCUUGAAACCCAUAUUAGCCUGAUUAAAGGAUUUUAUUUUAACCUUUAGAACCAUAGGUUAGUUAAAUCCUUUUAUAAUGACAUGCCUGAUAUGUUAGUCAUACAUUUUCUAUAGCUACAGCAUGGGUUGGACAAGCCCUAUUUUCAGUUACUUGCCACAUCAUUUAUAUACAUGGCAAAACUGUAUAAACAAUUAAAAAAAAGUUUAACAUGGGGUAUCUUACUCUAAUUUUCUUUCAUUACAUCAGUUUAGGGAUAAAUGUUCUCAGUGCUGUAUGAGAGUCUUGGAACCUUUAAGAGUUAUUUAGUACCUGUACACCAGUUCAGGAUUACAUUUAGGCCUUGAAUUUGCUACCAUUUGUAAAGUUAGUGCUUACUUAGUUAAAUUAAAAUGAUCGCUUUAUACAUAAGUGCAAAUGUACACAUUCACAUUAUAGGAUUUAAGGAAUGGUCGUCCUUAGGCCAAAAAAAAAAAAAAAUACUAGCAGAUUGCCAGAGCCUUGCUUCUUAUUAAAUCCAAUAUCUAGCAGCCAAACUUAUGUGUACUAUAGAAUUCCUAUGUAAUUAACAUUGUUCUCAUGAGUAUGAAGACCAAUAUCUUUUAUGGCAUACAGUACUCUGUAACGCCAUACGUAGUCUCUGACCAAGUAGCUCCAGCCUGAUAAGUAAAAAUUAAUUAUUUUUGCCCUAGCAGCAUUUUUAGAAGUUGUUUCUAAAUUUAAACAGAACAGGAAAAAAAAAGUAAAUUAUGAAAUUGCAUCCAUUGUGGAGAUAUGUACAGUAAAGCAGUACAUAUUAUGCAAUACGGUUAAGAGAACCAGGAAGUCUGGUUUAUCCUUAAAAACAAAAAUUCAUUACAUCACUGAACAUACACAUCUCAUGUUUGCUGCAAAAAGGAGCACGCAAGUUAUUUUAAGGGGCUUUUCUAACCUUGGAAGCCGCUUUAAAGUGACCUAAUCAUCAAAUUUCAUUGUUUUUAAAUACAGAUAAUUCGGUCGGUUUUCUCAACUUAUGAUGCAGAAACAUUUGUUUUGUAACUUUUUUUUUUUUUUUAGAUUCCUUUUGCACAUUUUCUAUGACUAACUUUUGCAAUUUCUGGUGAUUAGUGAGAUUUAUUAGUGGAAUCUGCAUCUGUUGUUGGUGGUUUAAAUAAUGUCAAGUGCUGUAAGUCCAUUUUAGCAUUCCUUGUGCUGGGUGAGGCUAAAGAUUAGUCCUAUAUGUAAGAAAAUCCUUCAUUUUGCCUGGAAUGGGCAGAGCAAGAACCUGGUAGGUGGUAAGAAAGCAGCGUAAUGCUUUACGACAUAGGUGUCGAAGUGAAGAGAGAACUUUGGGGGCUGUCCAGAACUGCACAUAUCCAUCUCUAUUUCUGUAAGGUAGAAGGUAAAAUUAUAAAAAGGUUAGAGUGAGGAAACUGGAGAAGAACAUGCCACACUGAAGUAGAUCAAGCCAUUUGUAUAGAUAAUGACCUAAAGUACCAUAUAUACUAGAGUAUAAGUCGACCCGACUAAAAGUCGAGACCCCUAAUUUUACCCCCAAAAACUGG